UGGACUCGACCAUUUUUGCCUUGAGUGCGAUGGCCUCUUCGGUGCAGUGUUAUAAUGUGUUGCGCGAAAUUCAAGCAUCGGAUUUGGAAUAUGUGAAAUUUUUCGGUGGAUUCGCUAGUUUUGCCGAUGAACAAAAUCAAGUUGAACACGAGAAAUUAUUCCAAAAAUUGUACUUUAUCGUUCGCGAUGCGCCCAAAGUGCAUGAAAAUUUCGAGUAUGGAUGGGAAAAACGUGAUAAAACCAGCGAAAAAAAUCGAAAAGAUCACAUUUUCACGAAUUAUGAACACAUUGACACAUUUUAUAUGCCAUCUCCCGGUGACAAUGUAACACAGACAAUCUCUUUUGAUGGUAACCUACACCAUGUACAUGGUUCGUUCAAAGGCAAUGUCACAAUAUUAGCACAUAGUUUGUUUGCACCGAACAACUUGGUUGUCAAACAAAUCAAUGGACAAAAAGUACGUGCCAAAGAAUUGCUGCCUUACUUAAAAGCCCAUGCAAAUAUUUUGAAAAAAGGCCAAUUACUGAACCCAAAAACAUAUCUGCAGGCCGUUCUAGACGUUCAGUACACAACCGAGAUAGAUGAUUGUUUUAAAAAGUAUUGCGCUCAAAUGAAUGCAAUUUUCAAUUCUUAUAAAUCAUAUUUUAAGACGGCGGAACUUAUGCAACGUCACACUGAACUGACCGAUGAGGCAUUGAAAAAGUUUUCCGAGCAGAAAAAACUCAAUGAAAAGGAGUAUGUAUCGACUUUUGAAAACAAACUCAAAAGCAACAUUGAUGCAGAGUUUGAGCGUCUGAAUAAAACCAAUGAGUUGCGACGCCAAAAUUAUAUCUUGGCCUACAAUACGGCAUUAGUUAAAAGCAUUGCAACGAAAUUCGAGAUGGAAAUGGUUGAAAACAUCACACAUGGAAAUUUUUCAAUAGCCAUAGCUAAGUCAUUAAAUGAGUUUGACAGACAGCAACAGAUUGAAGAUAUCUCGGAAAAUCUCUCUAAGAAAUACCGUUCAUACCUAGAGAACCGUUUGAAUGAACUUGCUGCCAAAGAAAAACCAAAUGCUUCGAUUGAGAAAAUAUUCUUCAGCAAUGUUGGAUAGAACAACCAUUUCCCAUUUUAUUUCGUUUCUUCUUAUGUCUGCUUGUUCUUCUUGUCCUCUUUGUCUUAAUUCCAAACAAUCCUAUCUGAAUCAUCAAGUAAAAAGUAGCAAGAUCUUAACAACAUAAAUAAAAGAUAUCAUGUAAACAUUUCUGCGGCUUAAAAUAUAAAGUUUUUAACAGCUUAAUCAUAAAAUUCCGAAGCGCGACUCCACACUUAACUUCUCAAUGUGACACCUAGCUAAGUGUGAGCAUUAGACUGUACGUAUUGGCCCACAUAUAUUCGAGUUGAUCGCCACGAGGUUGAAUUUCGUGUAGAGAACAAUCCAAAUAAGACGGCAUCGGUUGUGGCUCGUGACAUUAACAAUGCACGCUUCAAGAACAAUUUUUCACGUCGCAUUGGUGUGACGGUGUUACGGGCCGGUGUUGUUGGUCCGAGCGUUUCAUUCGUUUCGCAGAAAAUUGAAAAUAUUUAUAUUUGGAAAAAAAAACUGUAAUAUUCAGCUUUGAUUUCUACUAACGCUUGCAUGAUUGCCCAACCGCUUAUCAGUUUUUGUCGAUUCAACUAUUCAACUUUUAUUCCAAUGUUCACAAAAUAAAGCAAUUUCAAAUCUCAGUUCAAAUCAGAA